AAAUAAAAACGGCUUUUAGUUUAAUUAUUAGUCAUUACUAAUUUACGAUAUAAAACAGUUUAAGAUUUACCAAGUACUGUUAAAAUAGAAUUAAAAAAGAGUUAAAUGGUCGACUUUCCGUUCUAAGGUUUUGAUAACGACAGCAUUUCUAAGUUGUAUGGCUUAUUACAAGAAAACUCCUCUUAAACUCUACAUACAAGAUGUUUUUCGGGCCAAGCAAUCGGAGCAAAAUAAAUAUGUUUACGAAAUAUUUGGCAAAACAUUUAAAAAUGUGAUGUUACAUGGGGUGAUUACGUCGGUAUAUAAUGGUUCGACUAAAUCCAGUUAUAUUCAAUUAAGUGACGCUACAGCUAAUAUACAAGUCUACUGCAAUAAUGAGAGAAAUAAUACUAAAUUACCACCUAAUUGCAUAGAGGAGCUUGAGGAACUUUAUGUUAAAAAUUAUAAAAUUGGAGAUAGGAGGCUUAGAACAGAGUCUUUUAUGUUAGAAAAAAUUAAAGAAAAAGAAAAAAACAAAAUGACAUUUAAAAAAGGAGAUUUUGUAAGCAUAAUUGGAGAUAUAUUUGUUGAUAAUUUAAAAGAUGAAAGAAUGAUAGCGGCAUAUGAAUGGUAUAUUACAAGCAUAGAAAGAGAUCUUAUUUGGAUGGAAGAAAUGAUAUAUUUAUAUAAUAACUGUUAUAAUAAAAACCCCAAUUGAGAGUAUGUUUUGUUACAAUAAAGUUGGUUUUAAGUUUCUAAAAUUUCAAUUAUUAUGGUGGUGGUUUGUAGGGCUCCAGUAUCAAGAUAUUCAAGCUGUUAUUGUUAUAUAUUGCUGGACAUAAGAGUUUCUGUAAGUUUGCUUAUGUGGGAAGCAUAUAGGUAAAUACUUUGCUACGUAAACCCUUUUACAAUUAUUCUGUAACAAUAACACGGGUCAACAUGAAAUUUGACUAUGAUUGCAAAGCAUUAAAUUUCUGUAGUUUAGGUCGUAAUAAGACGGAAAAAAUAUAUG